AUGGGCAACGAACUUCAGUUCUCUCCUGUCUUCAAUAGCCUAUACCCGACAAUGGAAGGAAAUCUUCGACCAACCCCCAGUCGACGCCAUUCUCGCUCUUUUAAAAUUCGUCCCGAUACCAUUAUCACAGGUAGGAAAUCAUGGAAGACGAUGAAAAAUAAACAGAACGAACCUGUUUGGCCGCCGGAAAUUGAAGCGGCCUUAAUAGAAGCUCUGGAAAAAUAUCGUCCGCAUUCCGCAAGUAUUAGGAAUCCCAAAGAGUUUCGUCGGUUUCCCAAACGGAAUAUCUUUAUAUCAGACGAAAUCUUCAAGAAGACGGGCAAAAGCAGGACGGCAAAGCAAGUGGGGAGUCGCCUUCAGCAACUUCGUGAUACAUGUGAAGACGAAAGAGUCCUUGAGCUGCUCACACGGAGAGAGUAUUCUCCUGAGCCAGAUUCAUCCUCGACGGACACCUCCGCUGAUUCUCCAGUCUCAGAAACGACCGACUUCGCUCUGGCCUCGCCGUUAUCAGAGUGUACUGCAUCGUCCUCGACCGAAUUAUCUUCCGAAUCGUCUCGUUUGAGCCCGCUCAGCAGCGUCUCCUUUGAUGAAACUGGGUAUCAGGUGCUCCCUGCCAUACCUCGCAACGUCGUCGUUCGCAUCGAGAUCUGUCACCAAGAAUCCACCCGGCGUGGUCACUCUCCCUUACGACAUUCUUUUGAACCAGUGCCGCCUAAGCCUUCCUAUCAUCGCCGAAUCAUUCUCUCAGCCGACCGUCCUCUUUGGACACUUUCCCCGACCGUGACAUUCACUUCUUCGAGGCCUACAUCAGCUUCUACAUUUUCUUCCUUCACUGUCUAUGCCAACAAUGUACCGGUGCACUCGGAGGUAUCACCGUUGCUCCCACACGCGGAGCAAGCAAACCCUGCCUCCUGUUAUGCCUACCGAACCAAGUUCCUACCCGAAUAUUGGGUACAUCUGUGUGAAAGAUAUGAUUUAGCACAGUGUACCGUGACUCAAACCAUCAUCGAACCUAGACCGUCGGACGAGGUAAUACUUUUGUCCCUUGUCUACGAAUUCUCACAUACAUACCCAACACCUUCGCCCAUUCUCUACUCUCGUUCGUCGACCGGACCUGCCCUACCACCCCAUUUUGCGGAGACGCCGGCGUGUAACGUUGCGAUACCGCCACCUCUCAACGCGUGUUCUGAUCGGAACUUUUCUCAUUGGCCAACCGCGUGCAUGUCUCAACCUCAGACGUCGGCUUGGGCUGUGGAUCAUCAUGACCUGCUAGUCUUGAAUAGCACGGAUCCGCAUUAUUCGCUGCGGGGACACAUACUGGCUUCUGGAUAUGGGGAACAGUAUUCCCCUUCGGACAGCGAUCUGGGACUUUAA